CUUGUAAAAUAUUCAUAAAAUCAUUUUGAAAAGUAUAAAAGUCAGGCCUACUCUAUGAUUCAUUCUCUCAACCUUCAUACACAAUUAUCAAAUAAACUUCCUCUCAAAAAUGCAAACAUUCCAAUUUCUCUCUGUCGCCGUUUUGGCAUUGGUUGCUUCAGCCAGUGCAAGCAGUCAUAGCAUCAAUGUGAUCAACAACUGUGGUUCUCCUACCACGGUUCAGUUGCCCGGACACGGAAACUUUGGCGCAGGCUCCCGUACAAUUAACGGGGACGUCCGGGGUGGAAUUGCUCAGGCAUGCUCUGAUAUUAAUGGCGUAGGCUGCACUUCAGUCGAAUUCUCUUUGGUCGAUGGCGUUUCAUCCGCUGAUAUCACUUUGAUCCCCCCUCACAAGUUCGAUCAUCCCGCCUCUUUCACUCUUGACAACGGUAAAACUGGUGCUACAUGCAGCAAUGCAAACUGUGGUCCCGAUAAUGCUUUCUACAAAUCAACAGACUACACCGCUCAACGUCAAGUCAACGGUCCUAACUCUAGCAUCCGUAUUCAAUUCUGUUAGGCAAUUCAAGAAUGUUAUGAGCACCUUUAUUUCGAUGCACUUUUUCCAUAUGUCCAUGUACCUCUUGUUACAGUGAUCUAAUGUGCAUUUGAUACACAAACC